UCAUUCCCAAUCAAUUUCAGUUAACUAUAUAUAAUAAAAACCAUUUUAUUUUAUAGAUAAGGGACUAAUUUUUAUACUUUAAUUUUUAUACUAUCAGAGUCAAAAAAAAAAUGGAUAUAAAUGACUUGGCAGAACUCUACGGCGAAGAGCUUCAAUUGAAGAAGUUAAUAAGAAACAGCUCCGCUAGAGCUCAAGAAAUUGCAAAAAGAGCAAAGUUGGAUUCAUCUGAUGGACAAACCAUCGAGGACCAUGAUCAGUUUUAUAAAGAUCACAAGUUGCUUCUGUUAUUAUUUAGGAUUCUUGGUGUCAUGCCCGUUCAACGUGGAAAAAUUGGAAAAAUAACUUUCGGUUGGCUGAGUGGUCCAAUGAUAUACGCAUACGUUUUUUACGUCAUUACAACCGUUAUUGUACUUAUGGUUGGCUACGAAAGAAUCGAUAUAUUGUUAAACAGAAGUAGAAAAUUCGACGAAUAUAUUUAUUCUAUUAUUUUCAUAAUAUUUUUGGUACCGCAUUUUUGGAUCCCAUUUGUGGGGUGGGGGGUAGCAAGAGAAGUUUGCAUUUAUAAAAACAGUUGGGGCACUUAUCAGUUACAUUUUUACAAAAUUACUGGUAAAAACUUGGUAUUUCCUCACCUAAGCACCCUCAUCGUUAUUAUAAGUUUGGGUUGCUUUAUACUGGCUGUUGUAUUUCUUCUAUCGCUGAGUGCUCUCUUAGAAGGGUACACUCUGUAUCAUACUACUGCUUAUUACCACAUAGUAAUAAUGCUUAAUAUGAACUCUGGCUUGUGGUAUAUAAACUGUAGAGCUAUUAUUAAUGCGAGUCAAGCUUUAGCAAGACAUUUUCAAGGGGAUGUCGACGAUUUUUGCACAGCUUAUAUAAUCGCGCACUAUAGAGUGUUAUGGUUAGAACUCAGCGAAAUGUUACAAGGCAUUGGAAAUGCUUAUGCUAGAACCUACGCGUCUUAUUCAUUAUUUAUGAUUGCCAACAUUACUAUUGCAACCUAUGGAUUCAUUUCUGAAAUCACAGAACACGGCAUAACGUUUUCUUUCAAAGAAAUGGGUCUGAUGGUGGCUAGUUUAUAUUGCAUGACUCUUCUCUACAUAUAUUGCGAUUGUUCACAUAAAGCCUCUGAUGCUAUAGCAUCCAAAGUUCAAACAUCACUCAUGAAUAUACGGUUAAAUACUAUAGACAAAAGCGCUGCUAGAGAGAUUGAUUUAUUUUUGACUGCAAUUCGCCUGAACCCACCAACUGUAUCUCUUAAAGGGUAUUCUGAUGUAGACAGAAAGCUAUUAACAUCGAGUAUAUCAACCAUUGCAAUUUACUUAAUAGUUUUGCUACAGUUCAAGAUCAGCUUAGUAAAUAUGAGAGGUGUGUAGUUAUGCAUUAUUUAUGAUGUUGUUUACCUAGAAAUAAAAGUAGAAUACACAAG